AUGGACGUUCUAUCCGUUGAAGCGCAUCGCGCGGAGAAGAAGAAUCUGUUGCCGGUACUGGCGGAUGAGAAGCUUGAAGGGAGCAUCACGCGGCGCGUGAGUUUUGAGUCGAUCCAGAAUGCGACGACGAGUUUUGAGUCGAUUCAAAACCCGUUUCUGGCGGACGACAAGCUCGACGCGAGACAGCAAGACAUGACGUCGCGCGCGGACGAGAGGCUGGACGGGAGCAUGACGCGGCGCGGGAUGCUCGCCGCCGUUUCGUACAUGAUCUGCGCAGUCACACUCGUUAUGUUCAACAAGGCCGCGCUCUCCUCUUUCAACUUCCCCUGCGCCAACGUCAUUUCUCUACUUCAGGUGACGUCACGCAACCAGAUGCUCUCCUCCACGGCGCUGCUAGCAGUGCUGCGCCUGGGCAGGCGCGCUGACCUUCACAGACGGCUAGCCCACUUGUCCCGCUGUGUAUCCUCCCCUCCGUUCCUCCCACUUCCCCCUCAGAUGCUCUCCUCCACGGCGCUGCUAGGCGUGCUGCGCCUGGGCAGGCGCGCUGACCUUCACAGACGGCUAGCCCACUUGUCCCGCUGUGUAUCCUCCCGUCCGUUCCUCCCACUCCCCCCUCAGAUGCUCUCCUCCACGGCGCUGCUAGCCGUGCUGCGCCUGGGCAGGCGCGCUGACCUUCACAGACGGCUAGCCCACUUGUCCCGCUGUGUAUCCUCCCCUCCGUUCCUCCCACUCCCCCCUCAGAUGCUCUCCUCCACGGCGCUGCUAGCCGUGCUGCGCCUGGCAGGCGUUCUUGCAUGUCCUGAUGCGUAUCCUCCCUUUCUCUCCCUUCCGUCUCUCCUCCCCCCCCCCCCCCCCCCCCCCCCUUCUCUAACACUCCUUCAGAUGCUCUCCUCCACGGCGCUCCUAGCCGUGCUGCGCCUGGCGGGCCUUCUCACCUUCGCAGACGCCGCCGCAACACCCGACGUGGCUAGCAGUACUUUCGUGCCUCUGCAAACCCUCGGCCGAGUGCUGCCUCUCUCCCUCGCGUAUAUGCUCAACGUGACUGGGGGUAAGGGAGGGAAGGGAGGGCGGAGCAGGGGCGGCCGCAGAGGGAUUGUGCUUCUCUCGCUCUCCUAUACGCUCAACGUGGUGAUCAGCAUGGCGAGCAUAAGAGGGGUCAACGUGCCCAUGUACACGGCUCUCAGGCGCACCACAGUCGCCUUCACCCUCAUUGCAGAGCGCCUGCUGGCGAGCAAGCAGCACUCGGUCUACACGCUCAUCAGGCACACCACAGUCGCAUUCACCCUCAUUGCCGAGCGGCUACUGGCGAGCAAGCAGCACUCGGUCUACACGCUCAUCAGGCACACCACAGUCGCAUUCACCCUCAUUGCCGAGCGGCUACUGGCGAGCAAGCAGCACUCGGUCUACACGCUCGUCAGGUGGGUUACCCUCCUUACACUACUUGCUGUGUGUGGGGGAGGGGGGGGGGCUUGCAAGCAGCUUCAUGCCACCACAGCCGCCUUCACUCUCCUGGCAGAGCGGUUGCUGGCGAGCAAGCAGCACUCCGCCUACACGCUCGUCAGGUGGGUGGGGUUGAGGGUAGCACUACACCCCUCUACACCCCUCUACACUCCUGGUGGACUCAGACGCACCACGGUCGCCUUCACUCUCCUGGGAGAGUGGGUGCUGCCGAGCAAGCAGCACUCCGCCUACACGCUCGUCAGUGUGGCAGUCAUAGUGGCAGGAGCGCUGGUGGCAGCAGUAAGGGAUUUCUCAUUCGAGGCCUACGGCUACUCGAUUGCUCCCCUGGCAAACCUCACCACCGCUCUGUACCUCUCUUCUUCCCCCCCUUAUCCGCAGUGCAGUGUGGCAGUCAUAGUGGCAGGAGCACUGGUGGCAGCAGUAAGGGAUUUCUCAUUCAAGGCCUACAGCUACUCGAUUGCUCCCCUGGCAAACCUCACCACCGCUCUGUACCUCUCUUCUUCUCCCCCUUAUCCGCAGUGCAGUGUGGCAGUCAUAGUGGCAGGAGCACUGGUGGCAGCAGUAAGGGAUUUCUCAUUCGAGGCCUACGGCUACUCGAUUGCUCCCCUGGCAAACCUCACCACUGCUCUGUACCUCACUUCUUCUCCCCCUUAUCCGCAGUGCAGUGUGGCAGUCAUAGUGGCAGGAGCACUGGUGGCAGCAGUAAGGGAUUUCUCAUUCGAGGCCUACGGCUACUCGAUUGCUCCCCUGGCAAACCUCACCACCGCUCUGUACCUCUCUUCUUCUCCCCCUUAUCCGCAGUGCAGUGUGGCAGUCAUAGUGGCAGGAGCACUGGUGGCAGCAGUAAGGGAUUUCUCAUUCGAGGCCUACGGCUACUCGAUUGCUCCCCUGGCAAACCUCACCACUGCUCUGUACCUCACUUCUUCUCCCCCUUAUCCGCAGUGCAGUGUGGCAGUCAUAGUGGCAGGAGCACUGGUGGCAGCAGUAAGGGAUUUCUCAUUCGAGGCCUACGGCUACUCGAUUGCUCCCCUGGCAAACCUCACCACCGCUCUGUACCUCUCUUCUUCUCCCCCUUAUCCGCAGUGCAGUGUGGCAGUCAUAGUGGCAGGAGCACUGGUGGCAGCAGUAAGGGAUUUCUCAUUCGAGGCCUACGGCUACUCGAUUGCUCCCCUGGCAAACCUCACCACUGCUCUGUACCUCACUUCUUCUCCCCCUUAUCCGCAGUGCAGUGUGGCAGUCAUAGUGGCAGGAGCACUGGUGGCAGCAGUAAGGGAUUUCUCAUUCGAGGCCUACGGCUACUCGAUUGCUCCCCUGGCAAACCUCACCACCGCUCUGUACCUCUCUUCUUCUCCCCCUUAUCCGCAGUGCAGUGUGGCAGUCAUAGUGGCAGGAGCACUGGUGGCAGCAGUAAGGGAUUUCUCAUUCGAGGCCUACGGCUACUCGAUUGCUCCCCUGGCAAACCUCACCACUGCUCUGUACCUCACUUCUUCUCCCCCUUAUCCGCAGUGCAGUGUGGCAGUCAUAGUGGCAGGAGCACUGGUGGCAGCAGUAAGGGAUUUCUCAUUCGAGGCCUACGGCUACUCGAUUGCUCCCCUGGCAAACCUCACCACCGCUCUGUACCUCUCUUCUUCUCCCCCUUAUCCGCAGUGCAGUGUGGCAGUCAUAGUGGCAGGAGCACUGGUGGCAGCAGUAAGGGAUUUCUCAUUCGAGGCCUACGGCUACUCGAUUGCUCCCCUGGCAAACCUCACCACUGCUCUGUACCUCACUUCUUCUCCCCCUUAUCCGCAGUGCAGUGUGGCAGUCAUAGUGGCAGGAGCACUGGUGGCAGCAGUAAGGGAUUUCUCAUUCGAGGCCUACGGCUACUCGAUUGCUCCCCUGGCAAACCUCACCACCGCUCUGUACCUCUCUUCUUCUCCCCCUUAUCCGCAGUGCAGUGUGGCAGUCAUAGUGGCAGGAGCACUGGUGGCAGCAGUAAGGGAUUUCUCAUUCGAGGCCUACGGCUACUCGAUUGCUCCCCUGGCAAACCUCACCACUGCUCUGUACCUCACUUCUUCUCCCCCUUAUCCGCAGUGCAGUGUGGCAGUCAUAGUGGCAGGAGCACUGGUGGCAGCAGUAAGGGAUUUCUCAUUCGAGGCCUACGGCUACUCGAUUGCUCCCCUGGCAAACCUCACCACCGCUCUGUACCUCUCUUCUUCUCCCCCUUAUCCGCAGUGCAGUGUGGCAGUCAUAGUGGCAGGAGCACUGGUGGCAGCAGUAAGGGAUUUCUCAUUCGAGGCCUACGGCUACUCGAUUGCUCCCCUGGCAAACCUCGCCACCGCUCUGUACCUCUCUUCUUCUCCCCCUUAUCCACAGUGCAGUGUGGCAGUCAUAGUGGCAGGAGCACUGGUGGCAGCAGUAAGGGAUUUCUCAUUCGAGGCCUACGGCUACUCGAUUGCUCCCCUGGCAAACCUCACCACCGCUCUGUACCUCUCUUCUUCUCCCCCUUAUCCGCAGUGCAGUGUGGCAGUCAUAGUGGCAGGAGCACUGGUGGCAGCAGUAAGGGAUUUCUCAUUCGAGGCCUACGGCUACUCGAUUGCUCCCCUGGCAAACCUCGCCACCGCUCUGUACCUCUCUUCUUCUCCCCCUUAUCCGCAGUGCAGUGUGGCAGUCAUAGUGGCAGGAGCACUGGUGGCAGCAGUAAGGGAUUUCUCAUUCAAGGCCUACGGCUACUCGAUUGCUCCCCUGGCAAACCUCGCCACUGCUCUGUACCUCUCUUCUUCUCCCCCUUAUCCGCAGUGCAGUGUGGCAGUCAUAGUGGCAGGAGCACUGGUGGCCGCCGUAAGGGACUUCUCAUUCGAGGCCUACGGCUACUCGAUUGCUCCCCUGGCAAACCUCACCACUGCUCUGUACCUCACUUCUUCUCCCCCUUAUCCGCAGUGCAGUGUGGCAGUCAUAGUGGCAGGAGCACUGGUGGCAGCAGUAAGGGAUUUCUCAUUCGAGGCCUACGGCUACUCGAUUGCUCCCCUGGCAAACCUCACCACCGCUCUGUACCUCUCUUCUUCUCCCCCUUAUCCGCAGUGCAGUGUGGCAGUCAUAGUGGCAGGAGCACUGGUGGCAGCAGUAAGGGAUUUCUCAUUCGAGGCCUACGGCUACUCGAUUGCUCCCCUGGCAAACCUCGCCACCGCUCUGUACCUCUCUUCUUCUCCCCCUUAUCCGCAGCUUAGUGGGAAUAUAAGCUUAUUGCGUAUAUAA